AUGCCCUUGAAGGGGCAUGGAGGCUGGAGGGGAAGUGUCAUUGAUGGAGCAGAGGAGCCAGUUGGACAGGCUCCUACAGAAUUACAUCACUUCCUAAAAACCCUCAAAACACAUCUCCUUCAGAAAGUGAGCGCUGACAAAAAAGCAGCAGGAAACAGGAAACGUUCCGGCUCCUGUGAGGUUGGAGCCCCAGACAGCAUCAUGCCUGAGAGGGGCCAAGGUAACUCUAGAACUCCCGGCUUCCUCCUCAUCUUCUCCCUGCUGCUUGGAAAGCUCUUGGGUUUUGCUGUACAUCCAGAAUAUUCUGGAGACGAGUCACUUGUCCCAGAAGAAACAAUCCCUCCAUACCUGGUGGAAGUGCACACAGAACUGUCCUCUACCACAGAACAAGGAGAAAACAAUGCUGAGACAGUGCAGGAUCUCCAAAUUUCAACUAUGACUCCCUCAGCUGAGUCAGAGGGGGAGGGUCUGGUGAGCCUAGAGUUUCUGCUAAUGGUGGGGAUUCCGCUGCUGUUACUGCUCCUGCUGUCUUUGCUAGUGGUGUUCCUUGUAAGAUACAAGAAAAGAAGAAAAUCCAAGCCAGUGCCUUCAAGUCAAGGAUCUCAAAGUGCUUUACAGUCAUACGAACUAGGCAGUGAAAACGUCAAAAGCCCCAUUUUUGAAGAAGAUACACCUUCUGUCAUGGAAAUAGAAAUGGAAGAGCUGGAUAAAUGGAUGAACAGCAUGAACAGAAAUGCUGAAUGUGAAUGUCUACCUACAGUCAAAGAAGAAGAAAAGGAGUCAAACCACAACCCAAGUGAUGCUGAAUCCUGAAGGUGAACAGUGCCCAUGUUUUUCCAAGAGAAGCAGCCCACAAGGGAGUCAGAAAAGCCUGCCAACAGAGGAUGAAGUGGAUAAAAAUUUAAUGAAUUUCAAAUAACUAUA